CUGCGCUGGUGGGCGGAAGCGCGGCGCCCACGUGGUUCCUGCAGGGAGCCGCCGCCGGGUCCCGAACCGAGCGGGACCGCGGGGAUCCAGCGGGGCGGAUCCGAGCAGGGUCGGGCCCAGAGGGACCGUGAUCGGGACCGGGACCGAGCGGGGCAGGUGCUGGCCGCCAUGGAUCCGCUGCGGGCUCAGCAGCUGGCGGCCGAGCUGGAGGUCGAGAUGAUGGCCGACAUGUACAAUCGGAUGACCCAGGCGUGCCACCGCAAGUGCGUCCCCCCGCACUACAAGGAGUCGGAGCUGUCCAAAGGGGAAUGCGUGUGCCUGGACCGCUGCGUGGCCAAGUACCUGGAGGUGCACGAGCGGAUGGGCAAGAAGCUGACAGAGCUGUCCCUGCAGGAUGAGGAGCUGCUCAAGCGAAUGCAGCAGGGCACCGGCAGCGCCUGAGCCCCCACCCCGCACCCCAAUAAACCUGGGGCAUCUGCUGUGCUCCCCUCACCCCCCAAACCCA